AUGCCGACCUCCCGGGCCCCCAGCCCAGCCCCGAACGUAACCGACCCUCCCUGGGACUCGCGGUUCGACUUCGCCAGCCAGAGUCCGACGUGGACCAACAGCGUCCUGAAGAUGGCGCUCAUCUCCCUCAUCGUGUGCGUCUCCUUGUUCGGGAACGUGGUGGUCCUGCUGGUGUUCCAGCGCAAGCCCCAGCUGCUGCACGUGGCCAACCGCUUCGUCCUCAACCUCCUGCUGGCCGACCUCCUCCAGACCGUGCUGGUCAUGCCCUUCGCCAUCGCGGCCACCGUGCCCGGGGUGUGGCCCCUGGACGCCCGGCUGUGCCAAGCCUUGGUGGUGCUCAUGCAUCUCUUUGCGUUUGCCGGCGUCAACACCAUCAUGGUGGUUUCUGUGGACCGCUACCUGGCCAUCAUCCACCCUCUGUCCUACCCCACCCGCAUGACCCCUCACCUGGGCACCAACCUGAUCGCGUGCACCUGGCUGCUCAGCUUGCUGCAGAGCACUCCGCCGCUGUACGGCUGGGGCGCCAUCGACUUCAACCGGCACCACGAGAUGUGCUCGGUGGUGUGGUCCUACAGCUUGUCCUACUCCGUGGUGGUGGCCACCUUCUCCUUUUGGCUGCCGGUUCUGGUCAUGCUGGGCUGCUACUGGAUGGUGUUCCGAGCUGCCCGGCGGCAGAACGCGCUGGUCCACCCCGUACGGACGCGGUCCUACUCCCAGCCGUGCCCGCAGGACUUCCAGGGACCACAACCGCAGCAGGCCAGCACUCCGGACAAGCCCUACUCGGCCGCUCGGGUGAGGCACCGCCGCUUCCGCUACCACUGCAAGGCGGCACGCGUGGUCUUCGUGAUCAUGGCCUCCUACAUCCUCAGCAUGGGGCCCUACAGCGUCCUCAACACCAUCUCCAUGAGCGCCAGAGCAGACGUGCCCCCGUGGUUGUCCUCCCUGGCCCUGGUGCUCUUCUUCCUGCAGUGCUGCCUGCACCCCUACAUCUACGGGUACAUGCACCGCAGCGUGAGGAAGGAGUUCCUGGCCUUCCUCUGCGGGAUGCUCUGCAAGCAGGGGCGCCCCGGCCAGAGCUCGGCCGCCGACACUUGCCUCACCGCCGCGGCCGGGGAAGGACGCCGCUCCGGGGCGCCGGCGCACCUGCCCGGCCUGGCCGCCAGGGUCUUCCCGCUGCAGACGUGGGAGGAGUGCACCACCUCCUCGUCCCCCACGUUCGAGAGGCGGUCCAGGGACAGCCGCAAGGACACCACCUCCACCAGCGUCAGCUCCGACAGGGAGCUCACGGUCCACGGGAAGCAGAGCCGUUGGUGCGAUCCAAGGUCCAGAAGGUUACAAAACCUGUUCCAAGAUCCGCCCAGUCAGGUCCUUGGCUCGACUUUAUCACACAACUUUUGGUCCCAGGGACCAAACAGCCGAGCGAAGCGCACCAAAGUAUGUUUACUUUCUGGACUAUACAGCAGUUCCUCAACUAGGAGCCUGUGACGGAGCUCUUAACUCAAAACACUUGUAUCUCAAAUCAACAUCUCUGCAUGAAAUUAAUUGAAAUCCAUUUAAUUGGUGC